UACAGCCAUUCAAGCUUCUUUUCACAAGUGACAAGGGAUAAACUUGUUUGUGCCCGGAUCUAAGUUACAUGAGAUUACCACGACAUUUGAAACUUGCGACGAAGCAGAUGUACAAGGUGUUUUUAGAUCUCAUUAACCUCUAUUACCUGUACAGGAAAUCCUUCCGUGGCAAAUUAUCAUACUCGUCCAUUCAUUUUGAAGCUACUUUCCUACUUCCAUUGAAACCUCUGCUUGCGAAGGAAAUUGACCUGCGGAGGCGGCACAUCUAUAGAUCCGACCCCGCUAUAUAAGUACUUGGUACUCUGCCAACAUAUCUCUCCCCUUAAAGAUAGUUAUAUAUUUUCGCCUCUAUGUCUUCAAUUCCCUUUAAGAGACUGCUGGUCUUACCCACGACCCUUUCUUACGCACUUGUUACUUACAAACCAGAUACAUUAUUAUCCACCCAGCCGAGCUACUUGGGAACAUUUGUACAACUAUACUUGUUACAGUUCGUAGGCUUUGCGAUCUGGAGAGUGAUCUUGUAUCCUUACUAUUUUUCACCUCUGAGACAUUUACCCUCUCCAAAAGGAGGUAGUUGGUGGAAUGGCCAAUGGAAGAGGAUCUCUGGAGAGCCGACUGGUCAGCCUAUGCUUGACUGGAUACAAGACGUUCCAAACGAUGGCAUCAUCAGAUAUUUAGGGAUGUUAAACUCGGAGCGAGUCAUGGUCACAAAUGCCAAAGCACUCAGCGAAGUUCUUACCAUCAAAAAUUACGAUUUCGUUAAACCUUCUACUCUUCGUAUCGGAAUUGGACGUCUCCUUGGAAUUGGUGUUCUGUUGGCAGAGGGAGAUGAACACAAAAUACAGAGAAAAAAUCUCAUGCCCGCGUUUGCGUUUCGACACGUUAAGAAUUUAUAUUCCGUUUUCUGGGAUAAAUCUUGCGAAGGGUUGAAAGCCAUGACCAAAGAAGUCAAGGCGAAAGAACGUGGCGAUAUUCCCAAUGACGUAGCCGAAGAAAAAGAUGGAAAUGACGGAAGUGUCACUCAGACAGAGAAGGGCGUAGUGAUAAUGGAAGCUAUGCAAUGGGCAAGUAGAAUAACACUCGACAUCAUCGGAGCAGCUGGCCUGGGCAAGGAUUUCGGAGCCAUUCAGGACCCCGACACAUUACUAAAUAGAACAUAUAGGACUGUGUUUAAACCAACACGCUCUGCACAAAUUCUUGGAUUUCUCCAGCUUUUCUUACCAGGAUGGUUCGUAAAAAGAAUACCUAUUAAGAGAAAUGGGGAAAUCGAAGAAGCUGCAGAAACCAUCAGGUCUGUCUGUAGGGAUCUCAUCCAUGAGAAGAAGUCGAAGCUCGAAAAGAAGGAGCUGACAGAUGUGGAUAUUCUGAGUGUAGCAUUGGAGAGUGGAGGCUUUCCCGACGAGAAUCUCAUCGAUCAACUCAUGACUUUCCUAGCAGCUGGCCACGAGACAACUGCAAGUUCAAUGGCUUGGGCCAUCUAUCUACUCUGCGCCUACCCAGAAGUACAAUCUCGUCUCCGAGAGGAAGUCCGUGCAAAACUUCCCAGUCCAGACUCAGACGCCAGUGUCACAAGUCAAGAUAUCGAUUACAUGCCAUAUUUGAACGCUGUCUGUAACGAAAUUCUCCGCUAUUUCCCACCUGUUCCUCUAACUCUCCGUGAAGCCGCCGUCGAUACGACGAUCUCUAGUCAACGCAUACCGAAGGGGACACGUGUGAUGUUAAUUCCAUGGGCCAUUAACAAGGACGAAAAGAUGUGGGGAUCCUCUGCUCGAAAGUUCGACCCUGAUCGAUGGAUGGCUGACAAUGGCGAGUCGCAUAAUACGGGCGGAGGGAGCUCAAGUAAUUAUGCGUUCCUUACUUUCUUGCAUGGACCAAGAAGUUGUAUUGGUCAACAGUUUGCAAAGGCGGAAUUUGCAAUUUUGUUGGCGACGUGGAUUGGAAGGUUUGAGUUUGAGUUGAAUGAUAAGAAGAUGAUGGAUGAGAAGAAUUUAGAUAUUAAAGGAGGAGUGACUGCGAAGCCAUCGAAGGGGUUAUAUGUUAAGGUUAAGAUUGUUGAGGGAUGGUAGAGAAGAGAGUUGAAAUUAUCUGUUACGAUGGGUAGAAAUAGAUAGAGUUGUUAAGCAACAGAUGAUGAUUAUAUAUACUUUAUUAUGGCGUUGCCAAGGGUUUGUAGGUUACUUUCCGUAAGCUUUCUCGAUCUCUCGGCGUCUUGGUAUUGGCAACUUGUUGGAUGGGAUGUCAGUUCAAUGUUUCCUUUACUUCUAGAUGUUUUGCUCUGGUGUAGAGUUUGGAAUCAUUGUCAUAUAUUGCGAUCUUUUAGGAUGUUCAAACUAUUAGAACCUCACAAUUCAAAUAAUUAAAGGUGUGAAUAAUUCC